AUGGACGACGACUACUAUUCCGUCGAGUCUAUCCUUGCGGAAAACCAGAAGGUGCAAUGCACGUUCAAGGUCGACAUUCCAGACAUGGGCCAUCUCGAUGGCGGCAACGAACGCGACAUAAAGGCGCUGAGUAAAGCGCAAAUCCCUAUGUGGAUGGCGUACAUCCUCAUUUAUUCUGACCACGCCGACUUCACCAUCCCACCACCAUUUUCUUCGCGAGUCCGGAAUGCUCUGAAGGCAGAGCCAUGUAGCGUUCGACUGGCGAGUCUCGUCGGGCAAGCUGGUAUGUGGUAUGGCUUCGGACGGAUGAUCAUGCGCUUGCUGGAUGAUAUGUCUGCGCAGGAGAUCUCGAACGUACUUGUGAAGACGUUUCAAGCCCGCCUCUCAGAAAUAGUCGACCAGGCACAACAUUUCGCUUCUAUCCAUGCCGCGGCAGCGGCGAGUGAAGGAAGUGGAGCAAUACGCAUAGGCGGUGACACGGUGACGAUUGGGUUCCGAGAGGGACUCGACGUGACCGAGCGCGAAUUAUUCGUACUUGCGCAGGAGAGCGCGCGUAGGAUGAAGCGGUGGUAUGAGAGUAGCGAGAAAGGUAGGCGGUGA